AAUAAUUAGUGUAAUAUAUAAGUAUAUAUGGAGAAACUGACAUAACAAUCUUCAUCAUUUCCACUUACUCUAUCGUUUAUUGUAACCAAGGAAGAAAUGAAACCUGUCAUGGUGGUGUGGGUGUUGGUGUUGGUGUUGGCCUUACUCCUAUCUUGUGGAAACGGUUACAGCAGAGUAACGGAUUCUGUUACGUGUUCCAGUCAGUGGUGCGGAACGCAUAACAUAAGCUAUCCAUUCACACUAACUAACACUCCACCUAACUGCGGUGAUCCCACCUUCAACAACACCCUCUCUUGCGACAAUCAUAACCAACUCUUUCUUUACUUCAAAUCACGAAAAUUCUAUGUUCAGUCUAUUAAUUACAACAACUCCACAAUCCGAUUAGUAGAUUCCACCAUUAUUAAUAAUUCUUCUUAUUUUCUGGCCUCCUAUAAUUUCAACUCUUACAAAUCAUAUCAACACCAUCACAAGCAGAUUCUAUACGUGACGUGUCCAAACGCGGUGGGAUCCGAAGUUGAUGACCCUCCUGCUGCAACUUGCAUCAACGGUUCUUAUGCGCGUGGAAGUAGCAGCUUCCAUGUCUAUGAUGGUAACAAGACUUUGCAAGAGUUGGGACUGCAAGACACGUGUCGCGUAGAGUGGAUGUAUCCAAGUUCGUGGCCGGGUGAAAUCGACGGUGGAAACAUCUCUUGCGUAGAUAUCCGUACAAUGCUGCUUUACGGGUUUGAAAUUCCCUGGGGCUUGUGUUUUUGCCAACAUGCUGUCUUCGAUGAUCAAAAUAACAACCUUCGUUGUUUAAGUCAACACUCACCCACUCCUUUAGUGGAAGUCAUUGGAGAAUGGAUAUACUAUAUAAUAUUGUUCUUGGUUGGCAAAUUCAUGCUUGGAAUUGCAUUUGUCAUUUUCUGCGAAUGGCGACAGAAGAAUUUAGGCACGUAUUACACCAUUGAAGAUUUUCUGCGAAAUAACAAUGAAAUCUUGCCAUUUAGAUACUCUUACAAAGACAUCAAGAACAUAACCAAAGGAUUCAAAACAAAACUGGGAAAUGGAGGCUAUGGCUCUGUCUUUCAAGGAAAACUUCCAAGUGGUCGUCUUGUAGCUGUCAAAGUGUUGAAUAACACUAAGACCAGAUCUAAUGAAGAAGAAUUUAUCAGUGAAGUUGCUACUAUUGGUAGAAUUUACCAUGUCAAUGUAGUGCAACUCAUUGGUUUCUGUGUGGAAGGACUAACACGUGCUCUUAUAUAUGAGUUAAUGGAAAAUGGGUCUCUAGAAAAGUACAUAUUUUCACAUGAAAAAGGUGUUUUCUUAACUUGUGAAAAAUUGUACAAAAUUUCCCUUGGGGUGGCACGUGGCAUCGAGUUCAUGCAUAAUGGUUGUGACAUGAAGAUUCUGCAUUUUGAUAUCAAGCCUCAAAACAUUCUUCUUGAUGAGAAUUUCAAUCCGAAAGUCUCUGAUUUUGGACUUGCAAAGCUAUGUCCCACUAGUGAUAGCAAAGUGUCUUUGACUGCAGCAAGAGGAACUAUAGGAUACAUGGCUCCUGAGCUAUUCUACAGAAACAUUGGAACAAUUUCCGAUAAAGCUGAUGUCUAUAGUUUUGGAAUGUUGUUAAUGGAGAUGGCAAGUAGGAAAAAGAAUCUAAAUACAUCGGCUAAAAAUUCUAGCCAAAUUUAUUUCCCUUUCUGGGUUUAUAAUCAGUUACAUGAUGGAAGUGAAAUUGUAAUUGAAAAUGACACAGAUGAGGAGAUGAAGUUGGCCAAAAAGAUGAUGAUUGUGGCAUUAUGGUGUAUACAAACAAAGCCUAGUGAUCGUCCUUCAAUGAAGAGAGUUGUGGAGAUGCUAGAACAAGAUGAUGAAGAAUUGGAAAUAUCUCCUAAGCCUUACAUAUAUUCACAUGAUAUACCUGCACAAGAUGUUGGAGAUUUUAGCACUUCAAUGCUAUUCUCUGAUGUAUCAUCAGUUAGUGAUUCUAAAAAAAUUGUGUAUUCCCCUUAACAAAUUUUA